GCAUCGACUAGGAGAGUCUAAAAACCCCAUCCUACCCUCAUUCCUUCACUUUCAUGGACUACCACCGCUCACAGGCCAGGAUCUCUGCUGAUCAGCAGCAGUACACGUCGAAUAUCCAGCGGAGUCUAAUAGCAUGCAAUAAUUGCCGCCAGAGCAAGACCAGAUGCAAUCCUCCGUCAGAUGGUAAAAAGCAGGGGCCUUGCGAGCGCUGUG